UCCCACUCUGUCCCACCUACAGUCAAACGCCAGUCAAUUAAUUCCCAGUUCAUCAAUCACUCUUCCCUAACCGCGCGCAAUACUUCCACGUGUCGACAUGUGAUCUAUCGAGCAUCGAUACUCCCAUAUAACCUCAAUCAUGAGUUCCAUGUUCAAGAAACGCGGUGGGCCCGCCUUCAAGCCCAAGGUGCCUUCAGCGCGCGCACGUCCUGCAGCGCCUGCACCAGCCAAGCCAGCUGCUGCCCAAGUGGCCGCAGAGAAGAUCGACGCGGAGGACGAGAUCAGAGAUUCUGUGGAAACUUCCCAGGCAACAACCCCAGGCCAAUCGACGCCGAGAGAAACGAGUAGCGCUCCAGAAAGCAGAGACCAAGCGACGAAAUCGACCACCGCCGACCGACCAAGGGUUGCGCAGCAGCAUACACCCGAUCCGUCGAGACCCCAGGACACAGCAUCGAGCAGCACGCAGAAAGCGACUCUAGAAACUGCAGCAAGCAUAGACCGAGCGGGCACGGAGGACGUGACUGCUUCGCACAAUGCCCCGCCAACACCAGCUCCAGAUAGCACACCGGUGGAAGCCCCAGCAAGAGUCUCAUCACGACUAUCACACUCGAUCAGUAAACCCGCGGCCGGUCAGACAUCGGAAACCCAUGCUCAAGAGGUUGACGGGGGGCACAGUGCGCUAGAGCAGGAGCAAGAGCAAGAUGAGCUCCCUGCAGUCGCAGAUCUCGCAACGCCAAAACAAACACCAAAAUCGAAACCUAGACCCAGGGCACCCGCGCGCCCCAAAGGCAGCAAGGCUACAGCGACCCCACGACGGGCUUCUACUGCAGCUGCAGCUGCCGACCAGGACGGGGCGACAGGCGCGGAGGAGAGUGAGUCGGCCGUGCAAGAUGAGUCCGAGUCCGCGCCCAAGCGACCACGGAAACGGGCAGCAUCCAAGAAUCCACGAAAACCGAGACAGCGUUCCGCCACGCCCGAAGGCGCGGAAGAGCAAACUGUGGACUUGCAGAACCUCAAGAUGGCAGACUUGACGCAGGAUCUCCGUAUCGGCAAAAAGUUCAGUCGGCAUGACGAACUGCGCGAGCGGGAGAGACAGGCCAAGCUCAGGCGGAAACGGGGAGAGAGCGUGGCGGACGAUGAGUCGGCGGCCAAGAACUCGCCUGGUCCGUCCAACGAAGACGCCUCGCCUGCGGCGGCGGCGGCGGGGGCACCUGCUGCUGCUACUGCUAAUGGAGAGCCCUCGCAGGCGCCUGCGGCCGGGCCCCAGUUCCGUAUCGUAGAUGGCCAAAUUGUCGUGGACCAGUCAUCCCUCGUCAUGGACCGUCACGCUCGGGCAGCCGCCAACGCAGAGGACAUGGAAGCCAUUGAGGAGAACGACUUUACGCGCCUCAUCACGUCAAACUCGUUCAUGAAUACCUCCAAACUCAAGGGCCCCAACAUCUGGACCGCCGAGGAGACAGAGUUGUUCUACCGGGCACUGGGCAUGUUCGGGACCGACUUUGAAAUGAUUUCGAAAAUGUUCCCUGGCAAGCAGCGCCGACACGUCAAGCUCAAGUUCAAUCGCGAGGAGCGGCACAACCCCAGUUUGAUCGACUCGGCGCUCAUUGGGGAGAAGUCUGUCAAGAUGGACAUUGACGAGUACAAAACCAUAACCAGCACCGAGUUUGAGUCCAUUGAGAGCAUCGAGGCUGAGCACAAGAAGGCCGAGGAGGAGUUUGAGGCCGAGCGACAGCGUGUCCUGGACGAGCAGGCCGAGGUCAUGCGGAAGAAGCGUGAGCAGCUCUUUGCCGACGAUGACGGGAAUCCAGUGGGCGAGGGCGAGAAUGCCGAGCUCCACAGCAAGAAAAAGAAGAAGAAAAAGAGCAAGAAGCAGCAGGCUGAGGAGUCUGGUCUUUAUGGCGAGGAAGAGGUCGUUGAGUGAGGUCUUGUUCUACGGUUGGACAGGGGGUUAUGGCGUUUUCCAGAUGAUUUACUAGAUACCCGGCAAAAGGCCUUACUGGUCAGGUAGAGGAUAGGCUUGCAUGAUUGGACAAUGAUUCUUGAAAUUCACCAUCUCAGUUUCCAGAAUGACAUCCACACUUGUAAUCAUUUCACGGGAUGCCUUUCAGCGCUAUACGUAUUCGUUUCCGCUAGUUGCUGUGUCCAUUUCCGACCGAGGAUAGACCACAUUUUACCUCAACGCCCAAAGCCUGCCUUAAGCCUCCAUCAUAGUCUCGUUAACUUGGUAUCACUGCGGCCACUA